GUUCCGUUCCCCGCGGCGUCCCACUGAGGUAACCCGCGGCCCGGGUAGCGGCCGCUCCAGCCGGCAGGCCUCUCCCCACCGCCGCGAUGCCCAGCGUGCAGCUGCCGCCCAAGGAGAGCGCCCUUUUCAAGCGCGUGCUGAAAUGUUAUGAGCAGAAGCAGUAUAAAAAUGGCCUCAAGUUUUGCAAGAUGAUUCUUUCAAACCCGAAAUUUGCUGAACAUGGAGAGACUUUGGCUAUGAAAGGAUUAACGUUGAACUGUUUAGGAAAAAGAGAAGAAGCGUAUGAAUUUGUCCGUAAAGGACUUCGCAGUGACGUCAGAAGUCACGUCUGCUGGCAUGUUUACGGCCUCCUACAGCGUUCGGAUAAGAAGUAUGAUGAAGCUAUUAAGUGUUACCGAAAUGCCCUCAAAUUAGAUAAAGAUAAUUUGCAAAUCUUGAGGGAUCUUUCUCUCUUACAGAUUCAGAUGAGAGACCUUGAAGGCUAUCGAGAGACAAGAUACCAGCUUCUUCAGUUGCGCCCCACACAGCGUGCUUCCUGGAUUGGAUAUGCCAUUGCAUACCAUUUGCUGAAAGAUUACGAUAUGGCACUGAAGCUACUAGAAGAAUUUAGACAAACCCAGCAAGUUCCUCCCAACAAAAUAGAUUAUGAAUAUAGUGAACUGAUACUAUAUCAGAAUCAAGUGAUGAGAGAGGCAGAUUUAUUUCAAGAAUCUUUGGAACAUAUAGAAACAUAUGAGAAGCAGAUAUGUGAUAAACUUUUGGUGGAAGAAAUUAAGGGGGAAAUGCUGUUGAAAUUGGGAAGAUUAAAAGAAGCCGGUGAAGUAUUCAAAAACUUGAUUGAUCGGAAUGCAGAAAAUUGGUGUUAUUAUGAAGGCUUGGAAAAGGCAUUGCAACUCCGCACUUUAGACGAGAGGCUUCAGAUUUAUGAAGAAAUUAGUAAGCAGCAUCCCAGAGCAGUUUCACCAAGAAGAUUGCCUUUGAAUCUUGUCCCAGGUAAAAAAUUUAGAGAACUCAUGGAUAAAUUCCUGAGACCAAAUUUCAGCAAAGGAUGUCCGCCCCUGUUCACUACUUUGAAAUCUCUGUAUUCUAAUGCAGAAAAGGUUUCAAUUAUCCAGGAACUUGUUACUAAUUAUGAAGCUUCUCUUAAAAUGAAUGGCUUUUUUAGCCCUUGUGAGAAUGGGGAAAAGGAACCCCCAACAACUCUACUCUGGGUCCAGUAUUUCCUGGCACAGCACUUUGAUAAACUUGGACAGUAUUUGCUGGCUUUGGAGUAUAUUAAUACUGUGAUUGCUAGUACUCCAACUCUGAUAGAAUUAUUCUACAUAAAAGCAAAAAUUUACAAGCAUAUAGGUAAUCUCAAAGAAGCUGCAAAGUGGAUGGAUGAAGCACAGUCUUUGGACACAGCUGAUCGAUUCAUCAAUUCCAAAUGUGCAAAAUACAUGCUUCGAGCAAAUAUGAUAAAAGAAGCAGAGGAAAUGUGCUCCAAGUUCACAAGGGAAGGAACAUCUGCCAUGGAAAAUCUAAAUGAAAUGCAGUGUAUGUGGUUUGAGACAGAAUGCAUUUCGGCCUGUCAGCGCCUUGGGAGAUAUGGGGAUGCCUUGAAAAAAUGCCAUGAAGUGGAAAGGCAUUUUUUUGAGAUAACCGAUGAUCAAUUUGACUUCCAUACAUACUGCAUGAGAAAGAUGACCCUUCGUGCUUAUGUUGACCUCUUGAGAUUAGAAGAUACUCUCAGAAGACACACCUUUUAUUUCAAGGCUGCUAGAUCAGCAAUUGAAAUAUAUUUGAAAUUACAUGAUAACCCUUUAACCAGUGAAAGCAAGCAACAAGACAUAAAUUCAGAAAUCCUGUCAGCUAAAGAACUGAAGAAAAUGCUUAGCAAGCAAAGAAGAGCCCAGAAAAAGGCUAUGUUAGAAGAAGAGAGAAAGCACAUAGAAAGGGAACGUCAACAGAAACAUCAAAAGAAAAAAAGAGAAGAAGAAGAAACUGCCAGCGGUCAUAAGGAAGAACUUACACCUGAAAAGCUAGAGAGGGUUGACAAUCCAUUAGAAGAAGCCAUCAAGUUCCUCACUCCUCUGAAGUCCCUUGCUGCUGACAACAUUCAUACCCACCUGCUGGCAUUCGAAAUAUAUUUUAGAAAAGGGAAGUUUCUGCUAAUGUUGCAAUCUGUUAAACGAGCCUUUGCCAUCGACAGUAAUAAUGCAUGGUUACAUGAAUGCUUGAUUAAAUUUUCUAAAUCUGUAUCUGAUCAUAGUAAUCUUCCAGACAUUGUGAGCAAAGUUCUAGCUCAAGAAAUGAAGAAAAUAUUUGUCAACAGAGAUUUGUACAGCUUUAAUGAAGAUUUUCUCAAACACAAUGCUACCUCUCUUCAGCAUCUACUUUCAGGUGCUAAAAUGAUGUAUUUUCUGGACAAGUCAAGGCAAGAGAAAGCAAUUGCUAUAGCCACUAGGUUGGAUGACACUAUAAAAGAUAAAAAUGUGAAGACUCUUACAAAGGUUUCCGAGGCCCUGCUUGACGGCAGCUUUGGGAGCUGUAGUUCCCAGUAUGAAGAGUACAGGAAGGCCUGCCAUAACCUGCUUCCGCUUACCUCUGCCUUCCUGCCUGCUGCCACCGAAGCCACACUACACCGAACAGCUGACCAUGAGUUCUUCAAGUGUGAAGUUUGAAAUCUUGUGCAAAGUUUGCUCUUACAGAUUCAAAUUUGAAUUCACAUCAGGGUUUCUUUUCUAGUGUGUAUUUUAUUGGUAUGAAAUGAAAUAUUUGGAUAGAAGUUUUUUUUUUUUUUUUUUGGUUUUUCGAGACAGGGUUUCUCUGUAGCUUUGGAGCCUGUCCUGGAACUCCCUUUGUAGACCAGGCUGGCCUCGAACGCCCAGAGAUCCGCCUGCCUCUGCCUCCCAAGUGCUGGGAUUAAAGGCGUGCGCCACCACCGCCCGGCUGGAUAGAAGUUUUAAAUGAAGUAUUAUGUGAGCUUAUUUUACGCUCUGUCUGGCCUCCAAUUUACAUAGACAUCUGUUACAAUUGCUUGUUUAUACUUGUACAGUCUUACACUCCUGAAUUAGGAGUGUUGUUGCUUCUGUAUUAUACUUAGUUGUUGAUUAACGCAUAAACGUCCCUCUUAGCGCUGUUGUUUAUCCUAGUUUCAGAGCCUGUUUUGAUCUCUUUAUUGGCUUCUUUAUUUGAUUUUUUUUGUUUUUAUUUUGAAGUGUUAGCUUUAUGUUAAAAAAUAGCCAUAUUUUCCAUUUUGGUAGAUAACAUGAUUCUCUCUUUUUACCUUAACUUGAAUGAUUUCUGUUUCCUCCUUGUGUCAUUAGACUCUAAUAAAGUAAUAUUUUUUGUGAUAA